AUGGCGGCCACUUCCGUGUUGGCAUCGACGCCUGCUUUGGAGAAGCAAUGUGAAAAGGUCGGCCUCUCUGAUGAAUGGACCAAGGCGAUGAUCGCUGCGCAAGUUGACACCUUGUCCAAGGUCUCCUAUGCAGUCAGCUUACCGGGCACGCCCGCGACUGACACCAACAUCGAGGACUUUGCCGGCAAACUUCGACCCGGUGUUGCUCUCUCUUCGGGCGACAAUGCAGCACUUAAGCGCUUGGUCUUUGAAGCUCAGACACUUUGCAUCGCCGAGCUUCGGAGUUCGGUGCAGGUUGGUGAAGAUGCUCCACGCAGGCUGCCGGCUGCAGAACGUGCUCUGCGGAUAGAGCAGCAAGCAGCUCGCUUGAAGGGACUGCCUCUGGCCAAAGGUGCAUGGCAAUGCGCGCACAGCCUCUACGAUCGUUUUGCUCACAUGAGAGAGACCGAAGAGCUUCGCUUUGUCCCACCUGAUGAAUGCAUCACCCGGGAUCAGGAGUUGGCCGGCAGCAAGGCACCGAAGUCUGUGCAGCUGGAUGCAAGCAAGUCGGGCCUCAUCGUGAAGGAUGAGGAAAUCACCAAUACAAUGAACAUCACCUCAGAUCACGAACUUUACCUGAGUUUCAUGAGGCGCGCUUUGGCCAUGGAUCUAGUGGGCCUCGCCAGCUUUGAUGUGAUGCAGAAGUGGAUCGAGCGGCUGUUCGAUGUGAUGAACCAGGAUCCACCUCCAAACUUCUCCCGGGUCUCUCGUGCCCAGGUCCUUCGUGCAGAUCGCCAGGUCUUCGUCGAGUUGGCCCGGAGAGCCAAUGGAAGGCUGAAAGCCCUCGCCGAUGGCUCGCUGCCACUGGAUGCAGAGUUUCGCAAUUUGCCGGGCAACACUGAGAUCAUGUACUUCUUGCUGCCGACACCGGAGAAGGGCAAGGGCAAAGGCAAAGGCAAGGGAGACAAGCGCAAGCAUUCGGGCGAUGGCGAUGAAGGUGGCGACAAGAAGAAGGCCAAGACCACUCGCGAUCCCGUGCCCAAGGAGCUUCAGGGUUGCCAUAGCAGGACUCCCAAGAAUAAGCCGAUUUGUUUCAACUAUAACUUGGGCAAGUGCAAAAAGGGCAAAGCUUGCAAGUUCGAGCAUGUGUGUUGCAGACCCAAUUGCUAUGGCAAGCACCCCUUCUCCCUGUGCCCGAAAGCCAAUGAAGCUGCUGACGCGACCUUGUGGCUGUCGCUGUUCCUACAUCGUCCACCGAUGAUGUCAAUUUUCCUUGUUCUGCCGUUGAUCGUGCUUCGUUGCCUGUUGAUUUUGAUGUGCAAAGCCAGGUUGGCCACUCGUCAUCCGGAAGCAUUCCGUCAUUUGGCUAUUCCAUGUCAGCAUGUGCAUGUGUCCACUGCCACAACCACCAAUCGUGUGCCUCCAGAGGUUGUUGCUGCCUUUUAUGAUGCUGUGGGGACUGCCAUUCUCGGGUUCUUGCGGUUCCCGCCCCUCGCUCCCGGCCCCACUCGCUUGCAGCCCCGACGUUCGCAUCUUUGCCUGGUGCCUGAGUUUAAGUGCAUUGCCAAUGUUCGCCUCCCGGAGCUGCCCCCUCUUCAGGACGGCAAACUGAAGCACGAGCUGGUCGUGGGUGACGUGUGCGAUGUUUUCUCGCAUGAAGCUGAGCUGGCUGCCAGCCGUCUGGGCGAUGUGCCCACACGGGAGGAGCUCUUGAGCAUAUUUGCUUUGCAUGAUGCUGACCCCUCUAAACGCAUGGCCGGGAUUCGCGCGAGCGAAAAAUCUUGGUCAUCAGGUGCUUAUGCCAUGGGAGGCUGUGUCGGCGUCCGAAAGAAUGCUUCCAUGUUCCCUGUGUUCACCCGAGCACUGGUCCGGUUCCUCAGGCAUCAGAUCCCCGAUGCCAGGUUUUCAUGUGUUGCUAUCUUUUGCGAUAUGUUGCAGGGCAUGCACAAAGAUAUGUGCAAUCAAGAGGGUACACUCAACUAUGGGGUUGCACUUUCGGACUUUUCGGAAGGGUUUGUGUGGGCUCACGACCCGGCGGGCAAAGUUCACAAGCACACGCCAUCAGGUAAGCUGCCGGGGGUGUUGCACGACAUUGCAAGUGCCCCGGUGCGCUUUGAUGCGAGAAAGUUUCAUUGCGUCAUGCCGUGGCAUGGACAAAGAGUCGUGGUGAUUGGCUACACACCGCAAAGGGGUUGUGCCCUCAGUGCCAAAGAGGUUCGUUAUCUGCUUAGCUUAGGCUUUCCGUUGCCGUGGGUUGACACGCCGUCCCCUACUGUGCCUCCAGUCCACGAUGCACCUGUCAAGCAACGCUUGGAAAAUGUCGCCGACUCUGGUCCCGUGCGCUCUAAGCUACCUUGUGCUUCUGCGGCUGCAUGCAAUUCCCACUUGUACACCUUCGGUGUUUACCACUCUGAAGCCGAGUUCGUCCGCAAGGCCGUGCAGGCUUCAGUUGUCACUAAGCGUGCGGCAUGGCUUGCGCAUUGGACGGCUCGUGCCAAGGCCAUCCAGGAGAACCCUGAUCCUGAUUGGCACAUCCAAGAUCCUGCAAUGCGCGCUAUCCUUGGACGAAAGAGGCUGCAACUGCUUGAUGAGAUCCUUUUAUCGGAAGGGUACGGCGAUUGCACACUAGCUAGGGACAUGCACCAUGGUUUUGACUUAGUGGGAGUUGCGCCGCCUUCUGGUGUGCUGCCUGGCAAGGUCACCCCUGCUUCUCUUGAGCCUGAGGCCCUUAGUGCCAAUGCGUGUCGUGCCAAUGAUGCCUUGCGUGCAAGUUUGCGUUCUUGUGGCGAUCCGGAGCUCGAUGAGAAGCUUUGGGAGAAGACCCUGCUGGAGGUCGAACAAGGAUGGUUGCAGGGACCGCUCGAGUGGUCUGACUUAGGCCCGGGGGAGAUAGCAUCACCCCGCUUUCCUUUGUUGCAGAAUGGCAAAGUGCGCCCGAUCGACGACUACUCUCGAUCUGGCGUCAGCGUAACCACACUUGAGCAGCCAACCGUGGACACUGCUGACGUGGCAGCCGCCAUGUUCAGCAAACUCUCGAACGGCUUGUUGCGCAAGGGGAGGUCAGGUGCUCUCCUAGGUAGGUCUUACGACUUGACAUCCGCAUAUCGACAGCUAUGUGUGUCGAGGGAGUCGUCACGCUUUGCCAUAGUGGCGGUGUUCUGCCCAAAGGAUGGGAAAUCAUACCUAUUUCACCAGCCUUGCCUACCAUUUGGGUCGCGUGCAUCAGUCAAUGGUUUCAUUAGGUGCUCGAGGUGCAUCCAGUGGAUCGCACUCCGGUGCUUGCUUGUGCCGCUGACGUCCUAUUACGACGACUUCAUCUCUGCGUCAACAUGCGCUCUUGCUGCCAACACCGACACGACCAUGGCGAUGCUGUUUCGCCUAUUGGGCUGGCAGUAUGAUGAGGUCGGUCCAAAAGCUGACGUUUUUAGUGACCGGGUUGAAGCCCUCGGGGUGGCCUUUGAUCUUUCCGAGACAUGUUCCGGUGUGGUCAUUGUGGACAAUACCCUCAGAAGGAAAGAUGCUCUAGACAGCCUAGUUAGCGAAGCACUUGCAAGGGGGACCCUCAAUCAUUCUCAAUCGCUCGAGAUGCGCGGCAAGCUGGCCUUCGCUGAUGCACAGGUCCUCGGUCACUCGGGGAAAUUUGCUUUGAAGUUGCUGUCUGCGCAUACCCAUGCGAUUCCUUUCAAGACGCGCAUUGCUGAUGACUUGAGCCGUGCUCUGAAGUACUUGAGACAAAGAAUCGUUGAGGGCUCUCCCCGGCGUGUGUUACCAACUGCCAAGGACACGUGGUUCCUUUUCACCGAUGCAUGUUUCCACGACGCUGGUGAUGGUGGUUUAGGCGGGGUGCUGGUGUCUUCCCUAGGUUCGGUGAAGUCGUGUUAUUGCCUUCCUUUGUCAGCUGAUGACAUCCAGCCGCUCAUUUCCCACACAGCCCGCACCGGGAUUGGCGAACUCGAGACAAUGGCGACCUUACUUGGCAUCCAACUGUGGAGGGGCCAUCUACGGAGCACCAACGUGGUAGCUUUCAAUGACAACGAAGGUGCGGCGCGCGUACCUUAG